AAGGCGGCGGGCCUAUCGGGGCUGUGCGGCAGCGAGCGCCGGCCUGCGCUGAGGCGGCACCGGAGCCGGGCCGGGCCAGUAUGGGGCUGCUCGAGCUGUGCGAGCAAGUGUUCGGUACCGCCGACCUCUACCGGGUGCUGGGCGUGCGGCGCGAGGCCUCCGACGGCGAGGUGCGGCGGGGCUACCACAAGGUGUCCCUGCAAGUGCACCCCGACCGAGUGGACGACAGCCGCAAGGAGGACGCCACCCGCCGCUUCCAGAUCCUGGGGAGAGUCUAUGAGGUCCUCAGCGACAAGGAGCAGAGAGCCCUGUACGAUGAGCAGGGAACCGUGGACGAUGACGCUGCGGGGCCCAACCAAGUCCGGGACUGGGAGGCGUAUUGGAGGUUGCUCUUUAAAAAGAUAUCACUAGAAGACAUCCAGGAUUUUGAAAAGACAUACAAAGGUUCUGAAGAAGAGCUGGCUGAUGUUAAACAGGCCUAUCUGGACUUCAAGGGCGACAUGGACCAGAUCAUGGAUUCUGUGCUUUGUGUGCAGUACUCAGAAGAACCCAGGAUAAGGAGCAUCAUUCAAGAAGCCAUCGACUCGGGAGAGGUUCCGUCCUAUAAUGCCUUUGUCAGGGAGUCAAAGCAAAAGAUGAGCGCAAGGAAAAGGAGGGCUCAGGAAGAGGCUAAAGAAGCAGAAUUGGUCAGGAAAGAGUUGGGAUUCAGUGAAGGAGUAGAUAACUUGAAAGCACUUAUUCAGAGCAGACAAAGGGAUCGGCAAAAGGAAAUGGACAAUUUUCUGGCUCAAAUGGAAGCAAAAUACUGCAAACCUUCCAGAGGAGGAGGGAAAAAAACAGCUCUCAAGAAAGAAAAGAAGUAAUGGAUUUUUCUUCUCUUCAAAGGUCCUUAGGUAUUACUUGGUGUCAUGGUACGCAAGGUGCCAAUGUGAAGGUUUGCCUUUAGAGAGCUGGUUUUACCUGCCUAAAUUACUCACAUUGACUAAGCCAACAAGAAUUUCUCUACUUUAUCUUGAUUAUUUCCUCGAAUUGACCUGGCGCCGAGUGAAGUCCUCAUGGGAAGGAGUGUGGUGGUGAUGUUGGGAGGGUAGAAUGCCUGACGUCACUUGCUUUCCUGGACCUUCUGUCCAGGGGACCUUAUCUAGAUGUCAGUCUAUCUACUUUCACUGAUAUGCAUGUCCUUUAGAGCAGGGAUCCCCUCCUAAUGAGAGUACCCUCAAAACACAUGCUGAACAGCUAUCUACAGUGUAACUGUCAGCCUGCUUUUGGUCUUGGAAGUCCUAACUAGACCCUUUCUUUUUUGUUCUGUUUAGUCAGGUUUUGUACUCUGUCUUCAAAAUAUAAGAGAAAUGGGUGUUCAGAUUACUUCAGUUGUCUUUGUAUAAUUUGUAGAUAAAUAAAUAAACAAAAAAUUACAAGUU